CUAGCAAAACAUAUCAAAACACACUCUCCACUCCAAAUUCUUUUUCCACACACACAACACACACUAAAUUAACAUGGAAAACUUCGAUGAUGAUUACACAAAGUAUUGGGAAGCCAACAUGUUCCUCCAAACCGAAGAGCUAGGAAGUUACUUCGAUGAGGCUAUAUCGGUCUACUACGACUCGAGCUCACCGGACGGUGUGCAGUCGACGUCGCCGGCGUCGAAGAACAUAGUGUCGGAGAGGAAUAGGCGGAAGAAGCUAAAUGAGAGGCUCUAUGCACUAAGAGCUGUGGUCCCAAACAUUACAAAGAUGGACAAAGCAUCAAUAAUUAGAGAUGCCAUUGGGUAUAUCAAAUCACUUCAAGAUGAGGAACGAAGAAUUGUUGCUGAGGUAUCGGAUUUGGAACUGAAUAAUGAUUUUUUUGGGAUGGAUGAAGAUGUUAUGAAAUUUCGUUCUAACUCAAAAAGGACAAAAGUUGAGAAGGCAUCGGCGGCACCUGUUGAGAUGCUUGAGCUUAGGGUAUCGAAUAUGGGUGAGAAUGUGGUGGUGGUGAGUUUGAGCUGCAGUAAAAGGAGAGACACAAUGAUAAGAUUAUGUGAAGCCUUUGAGUCUUUGAAGCUAAAAAUCAUUACUUGUAGCAUCAAUGCUUUCUCUGGUAGACUAUUCAAGACUCUUUUUCUAGAGGGUAAUGAUGAAGAUGAAGAUGUUUUAAGAGUAAAGAUAGAAGCUGCCAUAGCUGCAGCUAACUCUAAAUAAUCCUUAAUUAAUUACAUGAUGUAUAAUGAUGUGUCGUGUAUUUUAAUUAGAAAAUUUUCUUUCUUGUUUUGUACAGUGGAAUUGAGCUUAAUUAUGUUUUGCUUGAUCGGAAAAAACCCUUACACAA